AUGGCCGAAGAUAACAACAACAUGCAGCCGGACGUCCUCAGCGCCCUGGUUGCCGAGAUACGAAGUCUGAGAGAAGAGAGUUCCCGAAGAAACACCCAGUUUGAAGAACGUUUUAUUGCCCUGGAACUCCAACAACACCAGCAAGCCCGUUCGUCUGAACUCCUAGAGCCAACGCCAUCUGUCACCCCGGCUGUCCCCAUUGAGGACACCCGUGUGGUCGCCACUCACAACCCUCACCCAACCAAGCGCCCCAAAUUACGAGACAUACCGAAAUUCGGCGGCGACAAGGCCCAGUGGCGAAGCUGGAAACUAGAAACCGAAGGAAAGCUACGAGUCGACAAAGAAGCGCUUGGAGAUGCAGAAGGCCACUUUAUGUACAUCUUCAUGAGCCUAGAAGGCAAGGCUAAAGACAACGUGACCACAUUUGUGGAGAUGCAAACCGAGAAGAAAACGUUCAAUGUUGCUGAACUACUCAACCGCCUCGAAUUGCUUGAUAAGAACACAUAUGGUUACCAAUCCAAGCGACCAGAAGACCAAGCGCUGUUGGGCAAGCGUGCCAAGUGGGUCGACCAGGCCGAGAUGGACGCCCGUUACCCCGGAGACGGCAAGGAGGUCAAAAUCGACAAGAUCACGUAUGUGUCGAUCGACCUCGAUGGACAUCAGCAGCAUCGUGUUUUCAUGUACGUCAUCGACGAUCUGAACUGGGAUAUGAUCCUGGGUAAACGAUGGAUGGAAGACCAGGAUGUUCACAUCCAUGCGAAGGAAGGAUAUCUCGAGAUCGGGUCCAAUGGAGUUCAAGUACGAGACCGACGACGUUACCAGCCUCCCCAGCUAGAUGUCUCUAAUGUCAUGGCCGCAACAUUUUUAGCAGAAGCACGCCGUGACAAACGCAAAGGCGGCAUUGGAGUUCACUCGGUCACGAUGGCGGAUAUUGACAAGGCCCUAAGACCGAAACCGAAGACUGACGUAAUGGAGAAGCUGCCACCACAGUACCACAAGUGGUCUCGAGCUUUCUCUCAGCAACUGGCCGACCAGCUGCCCCCUCAUCGGCCAGCCCUACCCUGGGGACCGCUUUACAGCAUGUCCCGCGAGGAGCUAUUGGUACUACGGAAGACUCUCACAGAACUACUCGACAAGGGAUUUAUUAGAGUCAGCAGCUCGCCAGCCGCGGCACCAGUCCUUAUGAGGGACCGCUAUCCCUUGCCCUUACUGAGCGAGACCUUGCGAACGAUAGCCAAGGCAAGGUGGUUCACCAAGGUAGAUGUUAUAGCAGCGUUCCAUAAGAUCAGGGUCGCCCCCGGCGACGAGGAAAAGACAACUUUCAGAACGCGCUAUGGAUCCUUCGAAUGGCUGGUAGUUCCAUUCGGCCUGACAGGCGCACCAGCAGCCUUUCAGCGGUACAUUAACAGCGCGCUCCAGGAUUACCUAGACGAUUUUGUGUCAGCAUAUAUCGACGAUGUCCUGAUCUUCUCCUCUGGAAGCCUACAAGACCACCGCGACAAGGUCGGCAAGGUCCUCCAACGACUGAUGGACGCCGGGCUGCAACUGGAUAUCAACAAGAGUGAAUUCGAAGUCAAGGCUGUGAAAUACCUUGGGUUUAUCAUCGAGGCGGAGUGUGGGAUCCGAGUCGACCCUGAGAAGGAUGUUUAUGCCAGAGUUCUCGGUGAUAGCGGAGCGCUAACGCGGCUAACGAAGAAGGACGUGCCAUUCCGUUGGGAUGAAUUGUGCGAAGAAGCCUUCGAGAAGCUCAAGGACCUGUUGAUCACGGCCCCGAUCCUGCACACUUCCAUCCAGAAAGGGAGACUAUCGUGGAAGCAGACGCUUCAGGAUUCGCCCGAAGCGAACUACGCUAUCCAUGACAAGGAGCUACUCGCCAUUCUCAGAUGUUUGGAGCAGUGGGAACCAGAGCUACGGGCAGUAGAGCACUUCAAGAUCCUAACGGACCACAAGAACCUGAGGUACUUCUACUCGGAAAGGAGGUUGACAGAGAGACAAGUGCGGUGGUCGGAGUUCCUGUCCAGGUUCCAAUUCGAGCUCGAAUGGAGGCCGGGCCGCAAGGGCGGAUUGCCUGACGCACUCUCUCGACGGGACCAGGAUAUGCCGGCCAACUACUCCGAUGAACGACUAAAGGGACGCAUUAUGAGGCUAUUCCAAAAUGAUCACCUUAGAAGGGUCCCAAUAUCGACAUUGUCUACCAACACCGAGGGUGCCCAGGAAAUCAACUUCGGAAAAGAGAUCAGGAUAUUUGAAGAUGAGGAGUUACAGCAGCUGUGGCACGCCGCACGCCAAGAAGACAAGCUCUAUCAAGAACUCACGAAGCUGGUAGCAGAUGGAGCGAAGAACAAUAGGGGCCUGCUGUGCUUUAGAGAACGCGUCUGGAUACCCGGUUCGGAGCCGCUACGUACGAAGAUCAUCCAGGAAACUCACGACUCUCAUAUCACCGGACAUCCUGGAAGGGACCUCACGUACUCGACUCUGUCGAGACGCUUCUUCUGGCCGGGUGCCGCUAGCGAUGUACGUCGGGAUACAAAGAAAGGACUCCUAAAGCCGCUCCCUAUUCCGCAACGCAUAUGGAGCGAAAUUACCAUUGACUUUAUUACUGACCUCCCACCGUCGGGGAAAGAUGGCGCGACGAACUGCAUGGUGGUCACGGACCGACUCACCAAAGGCGUCGAACUCGAAGGAUUACACGAUAUUUCUUCAGAAGCGGUUGCAAGAAGACUCUUCGAACGACACUACCCUGUCCAUGGCAUCCCAACGGCUAUUACCAGUGAUCGGGGUCCCCAGUUUGUCAGUGGUAUGUGGAAACACUUCUGUCAGCUGCUAGGGAUCGAGCAGCGGUUGUCAACGGCGUACCAUCCACAAACCGACGGUGCAACAGAACGAAUGAACCAAGAGGUAGAGAGGAUUCUUCGGAUAUGGACAAACUAUCUGCAGGAGAACUGGUUGGACUUGCUUCCAGUCGCGAUGGCGACAAUUAACGAGCGGAAGCAACCUCCACCGGACUGA